AGGAAGAGCCGAGUCGACAAUAACAAACCCGGCCCGGGUCGCGUCCCCGUCCCCGUCCCUGUCCCCGCCGGGUUCCCCCCUCCUUCCCUGACGCUGUCUGCCGUCCCACCCAGCCCCACGAUCGCAGUGGCCCCUCGGCUCUGACCGGCCCCAGCCCCUUUGACUCCCGGCACACGACCCAGAGCCGAGGGGCCUUGACUGCGGCCACCGCACCCCGACCCCUCCCGGCUGCUGGGUUCGGGCCGCCGCCGCGGUGACUGUAGCCCGGGACGCCUGCGGUUGUGUCGGUUGACAGGGCCGGAUGGGCGGUUGGUAGCUGCCGCCGAGGACUAGGCGGCGGCAGAAGAUGGUGUCGGGGGCCGCCGGCUCUGCUGCUGCCGCCGCCGGCGGAGGAGGAGGCGCUGCCGGUUCCUUGCAUUUAACCAGUAAUGCCAUUCAGUUGCCAAUAUCAAGCAAAGCAAAUAUAAGCCAGUUUUAGCCAUUUUAAGAAAAGUGGUAGUACUUUUCACAGUGCCUGACGGAACCAUAUCAGAGGGUAAGGUAUAAGCUCACAGAUUCCAGAGAAAUCAUCAUGAAGUUGUAUGUGUUUCUGGUUAACACUGGGACUACUCUGACAUUUGACACUGAACUAACAGUGCAAACUGUGGCAGAUCUUAAGUAUGCCAUUCAAAGCAAAUACAAGAUUGCUAUUCAGCACCAGGUAUUAGUAGUCAAUGGAGGAGAAUGCAUGGCUGCAGAUCGAAGAGUGUGUACCUACAGUGCUGGGACGGACACAAAUCCAAUUUUUCUUUUUAACAAAGAAAUGAUCUUAUGUGAUCGUGCACCUGCUAUUCCUAAAACUACCUUUUCAACAGAAAAUGAUAUGGAAAUAAAAGUUGAAGAGUCUCUUAUGAUGCCUGCAGUUUUUCACACUGUUGCUUCAAGAACACAACUUGCAGUGGAAAUGUAUGAAGUUGCCAAGAAACUUUGUUCUUUUUGUGAAGGUCUUGUUCAUGAUGAACAUCUUCAACACCAAGGCUGGGCGGCAAUCAUGGCCAAUCUGGAGGACUGUUCAAAUUCCUACCAAAAGCUUCUUUUCAAGUUUGAAAGUAUUUAUUCGGAUUAUCUGCAAUCAAUUGAAGACAUCAAGUUAAAACUUACUAAUUUAGGAACUGCGGUUUCAGUAAUGGCCAAGAUUCCACUGUUGGAGUGCCUAACCAGACAUAGUUACAGGGAAUGUUUGGGAAGACUGGAUUCUUUAAAUGAACAUGAAGGCUCAGAGAAAGCUGAGAUGAAACGAUCCACUGAACUGGUGCUCUCUCCUGAUAUGCCUAGAACAACUAAUACAUCCAUGUUAACCUCAUUUCACAAGUCAGUGGAACCUAUAGCUCCAGACACCACAGAUGCUGAAAGUGACAAAGAAAUUAGGGAAUCCGGUCAGAAUACUGUCCCGCAAGAUGAAACUUCAGUAGAUGCUAAAGACAGUGAUCUGCCUUUUUUUAAUGUUUCUUUGUUAGACUGGAUAAAUGUUCAAGAUAGACCUAAUGAUGUGGAAUCUUUGGUCAGGAAGUGCUUUGAUUCUAUGAGCAGGCUUGAUCCAAAAAUUAUUCAGCCAUUUAUGGUAGAAUGCCAUCAGACUAUUGCCAAACUUGAUAAUCAGAACAUGAAAGCUAUUAAAGGGCUUGAAGAUCGGCUGUAUGCCUUGGACCAGAUGAUUGCUAGCUGUGGCCGACUGGUAAAUGAACAGAAAGAGCUCGCUCAGGGAUUUUUAGCUAAUCAGAUGAGAGCUGAAAACUUGAAGGAUGCAUCUGUAUUACCUGAUUUGUGCCUGAGUCAUGCAAAUCAGCUGAUGAUUAUGUUGCAAAACCAUCGAAAACUGUUGGAUAUUAAACAGAAAUGUACCACUGCCAAACAAGAGCUAGCAAAUAAUUUACAUGUCAGACUGAAGUGGUGUUGCUUUGUGAUGCUUCAUGCUGAUCAGGAUGGAGAGAAAUUGCAAGCAUUGCUCCGCCUUGUAAUAGAGCUGUUAGAAAGAGUCAAAAUUGUUGAGGCUCUUAGCACAGUUCCUCAGAUGUAUUGCCUAGCCGUUGUUGAGGUUGUAAGGAGAAAAAUGUUCAUUAAACACUACAGAGAGUGGGCAGGUGCUUUAGUCAAAGAUGGAAAGCGACUAUAUGAAGCUGAAAAGUCAAAAAGGGAAUCCUUUGGGAAAUUAUUCAGGAAGUCAUUUUUAAGAAACCGUCUAUUUAGGGGACUGGACUCCUGGCCACCUUCCUUUUGUACCCAGAAGCCUCGAAAGUUUGACUGUGAACUUCCAGAUAUUUCAUUAAAAGAUUUACAGUUUCUCCAAUCAUAUUGUCCUACAGAAGUUCAGCCAUUCCUCAGGAUUCCCUUGCUUUGUGACUUUGAACCUCUGCACCAACAUGUACUUGCCCUACAUAAUUUGGUAAAAGCAGCACAAAGUUUGGAUGAAAUGUCACAGACCAUUACAGAUCUGCUAAAUGAACAAAAGGUUUCCACGAGUCAGGCAUCCCCACAGUCUGCUUCGUCUCCAAGGAUAGAAAGUACAAUAGGAAUAACAACUACUACCUCACCAAGAACUCCUCCUCCACUCACUGUUCAAGAUCCUUUAUGUCCUGCAGUAUGUCCCUUAGAAGAAUUGUCUCCCGAUAGCAUUGAUGCACAUACAUUUGAUUUUGAAACUAUACCCCACCCAAACCAAACUAUUCAUCAAGCUUCAUUAGACUUGGAUUCAUUAGCAGAAAGUCCUGAAUCAGAUUUCAUGUCUGCUGUGAAUGAAUUUGUGAUAGAAGAAAAUUUAUCAUCUCCUAAUCCAAUAAGUGAUCCACAAAGUCCAGAAAUGAUGGUUGAAUCACUUUAUUCAUCAGUCAUAAAUGCAAUAGAUAGUAGACGUAUGCAAGAUACAAAUGUAUGUGGUAAAGAGGGCUUUGGAGAUCAUGUUUCUUUGAAUGCCCAGUUGGAAAAAUGUAGAGUUGUUGCACAAGACUCUCAUUUAAGUAUACAAACCAUCAAGGCAGACCUGUGCCACUUUAGAACAUUUGUACAAAAAGAACAGUGUGACUUCUCAAAUUCUUUAAAAUGUAUAACAGUAGAAAUAAGAAACAUUAUUGAAAAAGUAAAAUAUUUUCUAGAAAUAACACUAAAGGAAAAACAUCAAAAAGAACUACAAUCUUUAAAAAGUGAGUAUGAGGACAAACUUGAUGCAGUAGUAAAGGAAUGUCAAGAAAAUGAGAAGAAAAUUAAAAAAUUGAAGGGAGAUUUAGUAUGCCUUGAGGAGGUUUUACAAAAUAAAGAUAAUGAAUUUGCUUUGGUUAAACAUGAAAAAGAAACUGUCAUCUCCAUGCAGAAUGAAAAAGAUCAGAAGUUGUUAGAGAUGGAGAAUAUAAUGCAUACUCAAAACUGUGAAAUUAAAGAGCUAAAGCAGUCACGGGAGGUAGUGUUAGAAGACUUAAAAAAGCUGCAUGUUGAAAGUGAUGAGAAGAUGGAGUUACUGAGAGCAGAACUUCAGUGCUUAGAGCAGAGUCACCUGAAAGAGUUAGAAGACACACUACACAUCAGGCACACACAGGAGUUUGAGAAAGUUAUGACAGACCACAAAUUUUCCUUGGAGAAGUUAAAAGAGGAAAACCAACAAAGAAUUGAUCAGAUACUAGUGUCUCAUGCUACAACUAUCCAAGAGAAAGAACAACAGCUUCAGGAAUUAACACUCAAGAUUUCUGAUCUCUCAGAUAUGAGAUGUAAAUUAGAAGUCGAACUUGCAUUAAAAGAAACAGAAACAGAUGAAAUAAAAAAUUUGUUGGAAGAAAGCAGAGCACAGCAGAAAGAGACUUUGAAAUCUCUCCUUGAACAAGAGACUGAACAUUUAAGAACAGAAAUAUGUAAACUGAACCAAAAGAUUCAAGAUAAUAAUGAAAAUUAUCAGGUGGGUUUAUCAGAGCUAAGAACUCUAAUGACACUUGAAAAAGAUCAGUGCAUUUCAGAGUUAAUUAGUCGACAUGAAGAAGAGUCUACUCUACUUAAAGCUGAAUUAGACAAUGUAACAUCUCUGCAUCAUCAAGCAUUUGAAAUAGAAAAAAACCUUAGAGAACAAAUAGCUGAGCUGCAGUGUAAAUUAGACUCAGAAUUGAGUGCUGUGGAGAAACAAAAAGAUGAAAAACUAGCGCAUCAAAAAGAGAACUACGAAGCUAUUAUCCAGAACCUUGAGAAGGACAAAGAGGAGUUGGUCAUGAGGCACCAACAAGACAAAGAGCAGUUAAUUCAGAAGCUUAAUUGUGAAAGGGAUGAAGCUAUUCAGACUGCACUAAAAGAAUUUAAGUUGGAGAGAGAACUUAUUGAGAAAGAGUUACUAGAAAAAGUUAAACAUCUUGAGAAUCAAAUAGCCAAAAGUUCUACCUUUGAGUCUGCCAGAGAAGAUUCCUCAAGUUUAGUUGCAGAACUUCAAGAAAAACUUCAGGAAGAAAAAGCUAAGUUUCUAGAACAACUUGAAGAGCAAGAAAAAAGAAAGAAUGAAGAAAUGCAAAAUGUUCGAACAUCUUUGAUUGCUGAACAGCAGACCAAUUUUAACACUGUUUUAACAAGAGAGAAAAUGAGAAAAGAAAACAUAAUAAAUGAUCUUAGUGAUAAGUUAAAAAGCACAAUGCAGCAACAAGAACGGGAUAAAGAUUUGAUAGAGUCACUUUCUGAAGAUCGAGCUCGUUUGCUUGAGGAAAAGAAAAGGCUUGAAGAGGAAGUCAGUAAACUGCGUAGUAGCAGUUUUAUUCCUUCACCACCUAUAGUUGCAGCCCCAGAGCUUUAUGGAGCUUGUGCGCCUGAACUCCCAGUUGAAACAGAUCGAUCAGCCAUAGAAACAGCAGAUGAAGGAAGAGUGGAUUCGGCAAUGGAGACAAGCAUGAUGUCUGUCCAAGAAAAUAUUCAUACUUUGUCCGAAGAAAAACAGAGGAUAAUGCUCUUAGAACGAACAUUGCAGUUGAAAGAAGAAGAAAAUAAGCGGUUAAAUCAAAGACUGAUGUCUCAGAGCAUGUCUUCUGUAUCCUCAAGGCAUUCUGAGAAGAUAGCUAUUAGAGAUUUUCAGGUGGGAGAUUUGGUACUCAUCAUCCUAGAUGAACGGCAUGACAAUUAUGUGUUGUUUACUGUUAGUCCGACUUUGUAUUUUCUGCAUUCAGAGUCUCUGCCUGCCCUGGACCUCAAACCAGGUGAGGGCGCUUCAGGUGCAUCUAGAAGACCUUGGGUACUUGGAAAAGUAAUGGAAAAGGAAUACUGUCAAGCCAAAAAGGCACAAAACAGAUUUAAAGUUCCUUUGGGAACAAAGUUUUACAGAGUGAAAGCUGUGUCAUGGAAUAAGAAAGUAUAACUCAUGGAAAAAAUUACUUUAUAUGUCGUUUUUCUGAUUUGUCCUCCAGUACUCACAUCACUCCAGAAACAGCCUACCAUCUUUUUUAUACAGAAUCAACAUGACAGUUUACUUCAUUGGUGGACAUCACUCACUUUUUAACUGGCUACAUUUUAGGAACAAUAAAUUCAUCAGAAUCCUUGGCUGAAUUAAAAUGGUUUGGUUUUUUGUUUUGUUUCAUUUCAUUUUGUUCACCAAAAUAACUAGAAAUGUGGACCAAACUAGUUCAUUUUCUCAAAGGGCAUAACCUGUGCAUUGUGGCUUAUGAAUAGCCAUAUGAAUUGCCUGUUGAAUAUACAUUAGCUUGAACUUAGAGAUUAAAUAUUCUUGCCAGCAUCUGUCCUUUUGUGAACUCAGUAUCAGAAUACUUGCACUCUAACACCUUCUUUAUAUAAUGUAUAAGUUCCUCAAACUAUUUGAAGAGGAGUGGUAUUGCAUGCAGAUAAUCAUAAUUUUGAGUUUGCCUCAGUAGGUUGCUAAAGCAAAUUUCUUCAUUUUUUUAAAUGCCCUUUGAUGUCUCAAAAACAACAACAAAAAACCCUGUAAUUUGUCUGACUUUAAGAUCAGCCAUAAAUAAUCAGAACUUUAAAAAGCACGUUCCACAGAUAAGUUGUCAGAGUUCUACAGGGAAAAGUCUGCUUUUCUGGCAUUUUCCAGUGCAGAGCUCAAACCUCCCCAAAACCUUAUGACUGUUGCGAAUAAUCAUAUUGAUGAAAUCGUAAUUCAUGGUUGAGUUCCAGAAAAAGAUAUUCAUUGUACAUUAACCAUUUAGACAUCAUUUAAAUAAUAAACUAUUGUAAAGACCUGUACAAUUUUAAAAUAAUAAAGAUUUGAAAGUGUAAAUGUGUGUGCCUUUUAAAGAAGGUUACAUUUUUAAUAUAUUCGAGUGAUUUCUUGGAAGUGUGGAAAAAUUGUUCUGUAUUAAAGAGAAACAUGUUUAUUACAAGUGUUCUUUAUAUAUUAUGCAACAGGGUAAAACAGUGUUAUAUAGAAUAGAAUUAUGUAAACCAGUAGAGAAGUUGUCAUUGAGUAAAGGUAUUUAAAUAAGUUAGUUGACUUGGAAGAGAAAUUUUCAGGUUGUUGCUAGAGAGCAGUAACAAAAUGAUUCUUUUUCAGAAAAUAUUUAAUUUCUUCAUAAAAAUAAGUUGGAUAUUUUUAUAAAUAUGUAAUCUAAUAAUAUACAAUGGAAUAAGCAUAGUGUAUAGAGUACUGAAUUUGACAACAGAUUAAUGAAUAAAUGAACAAAUGAUUUCAUAUGUUUCUAUUCAGUCCUUCUAUAACAUCUUUAUGCAGAGUACAAAUGUAACAAAUGACUAUAUAUAGUGUUUGAAAAAACAGAUUUACUUGUGUCUGAAUGAAUCUGUUAGGUAGGUCAUUUUUACUUAAUUGUUGCCCUUUAAAUUUAAUGUGUGGUCAUUGUGCUGUGGAAUUCUGUGCCAUCCUCAUGAUUUCAAACUCUCCUUUAUCACUAGCUUUGAUUUUUAAUGUUAAAUAUGGUUGCUUGAUAGUAUUUGUUCUAUACUGUUUUAUAUUCAUCAUCAAUGUUACAUAUAUUUUUCAAAAGGAAAUAUAAAACUAAAAUGAAUUUAUUAGAAGAAAAAUGAAAAAAUGGAAAUCUUAGCCUUGGAUAAUAAAAUACAAUACACUGAGCUUUAGAACCAGAAUGCUCAGUGUUGCAUUUCAGAUGA